UUCGUUAAAAUCUAGGGAAAACGAUUUGUUUCAUUGAAAUAUAUCAUUUUGUUGUCGCAGUUGGGAUUUAAUAAUAGCUGUAAAAACAUUUUGAUUGCAGACUUUACUGUGUUAAUUAUGUUGACGAGCUGUUUUCCUAAUGUUUUUGAUCCUGCUUAGACAGCUGCUUCUUUGUAAGGAACUCGGUACAGCUCCGAUUUUACUCACCACCAUUCACGUCUCGCAGAAAUGAAAAUUAUUUCUAUGGUUGGUUUAAAGAAUUUUUCUCUCCGUCAGACUGAUACGUAUACUCCAUGUAAUUUUAAUACUAUAUUUAUUGAAUUAGUAUAUUUCCGGAAUUCUUUAUUCUACUUAUCCGAAUGUUCAAACUCAUAGGAAUAAAAACGGUCCAUCAUUUUGAAAUAUAGGUAGAUUAUGACGACAAUGGAUUCAGACUCGGAGAGUCAGGACAGUGACGAAGGACGACGUUUUCGUUUCGAGGCGACCCGGAAGGACGCGACAAUCGAUCUGCACGCAAGGGAAAGAAACUCAUCAGCAAGAAAAUCGAAUUCCAGUCGCAGAUUACGGUCGCGAGAUCGUAGCACCAGGGACAGGAGAGACUAUGAUAAAUCUAAAUACGAACGUGAUCGAAGGGAACCAAAGUCCAGUGACGUCGGGCGACGAGCAUCAAAGGAUCCUGAAAGUAGCGAGAAACAUGAGAAGGACUCUAAAUGCUCAACAAAGUCUUAUUCAAGAGAUUUAAAGAAUUCAAAGGAGAGUCAUGAUUCGAAAAAUACAAUUAACCGAGACAAUAAGGAUGGCAAAAUUUCAAAUAAUCAGAAAGAGAGCAGAGACUCGAAGUCCAAAUUUAGCGAAAAAGACGUAAAGAGUUUGAGUAAUCGUGAUAAUAGAGAUACGCGAAGUCGUGAAUCCAAGGAUUCUCGUGACCGUGAUCGAGAAAAGCGUCGAUCCCGUGAACGAUCCAGAGAACGGAGUCAUGAUAGAUCAUCAAGUGAGAAAUACAGUACACGAAAUCGAGAUAAGGUGAAACUCUAUUCACGUGAGAGAAGUGGUGGAUCUAACCAAAUGAAUAAAAACAAAGUAGGAUCGGAUCGUGAAAGGUUCCGAGAGGAAUUUGAUAAGAGUGAUAAGACCGAUCAAAAGCUGUAUAAAAAAGAGAAAAAGGCUAAGAGUACUAAACAGGAUAUUUAUCUGCAAAAUAAAAUACUUGAUCAGAUUGGCAGUGACAGUGAAUCUGAUUUGGGCGCAUUGGACUCGGAUGUGGGACCUAUUUUAUCCUUGGAUAAGAAAAAUAGCAAGGAAUUAAAUUUAUCUGAUUUUGAUAUUGUGUCAGAUACUAUAGAAAACUCUUCAGGCACUUCUGGUUCAGAAAAUACUGCGGAAAGCUUUGCUAUGAAAGGUACCUCUUUGUCUCAUGAACCGCGUGUGAAGAAACGUGUUUCCAAGCAUCAAUAUGAACGCCUAUUGAAAAGGCAGGUUACUGCCAAUAAGAGUCACUUGGAGAAAAUACGAAAGGUAAAUCCAAGGAAUGGAGAUCAUUUGCCAGGUCCCAGUAAUAAUAAUUCGAGUGCCCUUUCAGAUUUCUUAUUAGGUUCCGAGUUGGCUGCCUCAACCUCGACUUCUGCAUUAACGGAAGAUCGGAUGAGUUACAAGAAAAAACGUAGAAAACAUUCGAAAGACGAGGAAUCCGCCAUGUCAGAAUCUGAACUGGAGGAGUUGUGUUUGACGUCCGUUGAUAAAGAAGAUGGCGAUAUUUAUGGUCCAGCUCUGCCUCCGAAACUUUUUAAGUGUUUAAACAGGGAAUCCCCUGAGGAACAUGAAAGUGCAAAUAAAGAUUCACUUGUCAUUAAAAUGGACAACAAUUCAAUACAGAGACCCAAACCAAAUGGGAGUCCAGAGAAUUCAGAAUCGACCAGAACCAUUGUAUCCUCUAUAUCGGGAUCCAUUGGUUCAGAUGAUUUAAAUGAUGAAGGGACUUGUGGACCAGUUUUACCUGGGACAUCAAUUAAAAAGGCAGAACCAGUAUUACAGCCAGAUCCAUCUCGUAUCAUUGGACCAACUUUACCACCUUAUCUUUCCAAAUCAACUGAGGAUGAAGAUAAUCUAGAAAGUUCGUUUGGGCCUGCACUACCACCACGUUUAAUGCAGCAAAAAAAGGGUGACCCUGAGUUAGAAAAUAUUAUAGGGCCGUGUUUACCAAAUGGAUCUGGAUCUCUAGACGAUGGAAAUGCUAUGGAGACUAUAGAAUCUGACUCUGAAGAUGAAAAUAUGAUGGGGCCACUUCCAGCAGAUCAUCCUGCAGCAACAAACAGUUACGUCCAACAACAAUUAGAAAGACGAGCCAGACGAAUCAAGGAUGAAUUCAGAGAGAAGGAUAAUGACCAAACAAAAAAACGAGAAGAGUGGAUGAUGGAGUUGCCACCAGCUCAAGCAGUAAACCUUGGUCUGGGUCCAAGGAAAUUCAGGAUACGACCAGGACCUGAUAUGUCUGACAGAUCAAGCUGGACCGACACGCCUAUGGAUAAGGCUCGAAAACAAAGAGAGAAGGAGGAGGGAAAGUUGAUGAAUGCCGAAGAAGAGUCUGCCAAAUUACGUGCUGUACACCGGGAAAAGGAGUCACGAGAACCUGAAAAAUCCAAGUCUAAAAGACGUCAGCAAUCUCUUUUGGAAAUGCAUCAGAAGAAGCUUCACAAGAAAAAGAAAAAGGAAGAUAAAAAAGCAAAGGAGGCCGGAAAACCAAUGAGACGACCAUUCGAUCGUGAUAUCGAUUUACAAGCAAAUCAGCUAGACGAGGCGCGUAAGAAAUCAAUCUUUAUGAAAGCAAGAUUGCUGGAUGAUAGAUUUUCACGCGGUGGAAUCUAGCGUUUUGUACUGAUGAACUUUCAAUGUUGCGGCUCAUUUCUACGGCAUAUAAGAAAGAGAUGGGAAAUGCUGCAAGAAAUUAUAUAUAUAUAAAACGGGGAUAAUUGGAGCCCGUUAUUAUUGCGACUAUUACAAUAGUAGCGAGGUGCCUUAGACUCUAAAAAUCAGUAAAUUCUUUAUUGUCAUUUUCUCAUUUCAAAAGACCUGAAUUAUAUAUCACGAAAAUGAACAAAAGAUAUUCGAAAUAUCUUUAUACACUCUACUGCAUAAUAGUGAAUUUUACAAUAUGUGCAUUGUACAUUACUUGCCAAUGACUACGUUUCGUGGAUUUUUGUCACUGUCACAAUUUACAAAACUUCGCUUUCGCCGACUUUAAAUCCAUAAGGUCAAUCAGUUAUUGUAAGACAUUUCUUAAUUUUCCUUAUUAUGUAAAUAACUUAUAUAUGUAAUGUCCAUUAGAAUGCUUCACUGAAAGAAAUCUUUUGUCCAGUAAGUGUCAGUGAAUAUUGUCGGUUACUGCUUGAAUUACAAUCUUGUCCAUCGUAUUUUAUACUGUACUAUUAAAUACUGACACAGAAAUAUAAGCUGUCUAAAAAAGUCUCAAAGUCUGAAGGGAAACAGGAAGAUGGAAUUUCUGAAGCAUCUCUUUCACGUAACCAAUGAUUCAUAAAUGCAAAACUAUUGUCCAUCAGUGUACUAUAAAAAAACAUCACAAUGGGAUGUCACUGUACAACUAUUAUAAACGAUUUGACAAUUUUUACACGUCUGAA